UCUCUCUAACAGGCUGGAGAGGAAUUGUUUCCCAAAGAUGACAAAGGCAUGGCCAUACCCAGCAACAGUGAUCUCCUACAGACGUGGGAGGCCAUGGAGGAGCUGGUGGACUGUGGACUGGUAAAAGCCAUUGGAUUCUCCAACUUCAACCAUGAGCAGAUUGAAAGGAUCUUGAACAAGCCAGGACUGAAGCACAAGCCUGCAAAUGUCCAGAUUGAAUCUCAUCCAUACCUCACCCAGGAGAAGCUGAUCAAGUACUGCCAGUCCAAAGGGCUGGCUGUGACUGCAUACUGUCCCCUUGGCUCUCCUGACAGACCAUGGGCUAAGCCCGGGGAUCCUUCCCUUCUGGAUGACCCCAAGAUCAAAGAGAUUGCAGCCAAGCACGACAAAACCCCAGCACAGGUUCUCCUUCGCUUCCAGAUCCAGAGAAAUGUGGCUGUGAUUCCCAAAUCCGUCACCCCAGAGCGCAUUGUGGAGAACUUCCAGGUGUUUGACUUUGAACUGACUAAAGAGGAGAUGGCAACUAUUCUGACCUUCAACAGAAACUGGAGGAUCUGUGAAAUGAACGUGUCCAAAAAUCUCAAGGAAUACCCUUUCCAUGCAGAAUACUGAAGGUGCUUUUAACAUGGCCUUC